AUGAAAGUCAGCCAGCUCUAUGUCUACCCGGUUAAAUCCCUUCGACCAACUACAAUCACAGAGGGAAUCCUCACCACACGCGGCUUUCAAUAUGACCGCCACUUUAUGCUACUCAAAGUCAUCCCAGCCGAGGAUGGCUCCGGCACCAUGACCCUGAAGAACAUGCAUGUCCCGCACUUCCCAGAGAUGGCCCUCUUCCACACCGACAUCGAGUAUCCAGAGACAGAGAAGGACAGCGGGAAAUUAAUUAUCACAUACCACCCUCCUCUGUCGGAUUUAGGUCCCGAAUUCCGCGAAACCAAUCGACUGGAAAUCCCACUCAAGCCCAACACAAAGAGCCUCAGUCUUCUCAAAGUCAUGAUGCACAAAAGCCCAACAACAGGAUACAAUAUGGGCGCAGAGUACAAUGACUGGUUCAGCGCCUGCUUCGGAUACCCCGUAGUGCUAGCCUACCUUGGACCGCACUCGAGAGAGGUGCUUGGCACACUGGCGCCAGGAAAGAAAGAGAAAAAGACCGCGCUGCGCACAAUGCGCGAAAGUCUAACGAAUCCCGAGAGGAAAUGGGAGCGGGUUCUCCCGGUUCUCAUUGUCGCCUCCGCGAUUAACAUACUCCUUCAGGGCGGUACCCUCGUCCGCGACGGGAUAACCCCCCAAACAGCUCGUAGUUUCACGCCCACGCUCAUUUUCACUGCUGGUGCGGCGGUGUUAUAUUACUUCUACACUCUGUGCGGACAGAACGAGGACCGUAUUACUUUUGCGGAUUGCGCGCCUUAUCUCGUUAUCUCCGAAACAUCCGUCGAUAAUGUCUCAGCGCGGCUUCCGGAUGGGGAAAAUAUGGACCGCACGAAGUUCCGGCCUAAUAUUGUUGUCUCGGGGGCUGAAGAGGCUUUCGAAGAGGACUUUUGGAGCGCGCUGACUUUGGGAAAUGGAUUGGGACGUGAGUCGAGUAAGCUGUUGCUGACGGGGAAUUGUAUACGCUGUCAGAGCCUUAAUGUUGAUUACGAGACUGGGAAGAUGGGGAAUGGUGAGUCUGGUACUGUGCUUAAGAAGUUGAUGAAGGAUCGUCGGGUGGAUUCUGGAGCGAAGUUUAGUCCUGUCUUUGCCAAUCUGCGCCGCAAGGACACCACCAAGGGUCCUCCACUGCGGAUCCUAUCUUUAGAUGGCGGUGGUGUUCGUGGCUACUCUAUGCUUAUUCUCCUCCAGGAACUCAUGUACCGCACCUAUGUCGAAUGCGAAGGCAAGCCCCCGCGUCGCGACCAGAUUCCCAAACCUUGCGAUCACUUCGACUUGAUCGCCGGUACCGGCACUGGCGGCUUGAUCGCUCUGAUGCUCGGUCGCCUCCGCUUGGAUCUUGAGACUUGCAAAGAAGUAUACGUGCGUAUGACUCGCAAAGUAUUUGAGACCGACAAGACCAUCGCUGGUAUUCCCUACCGUUCGACUUUGUUCAAGGCCUCGAAGCUCGAGGAGGCGAUCCGGGAAUGUGUACGGGAACAUACAGUGUCCGAGGCGGAGGGAAACGACACGGGGAAUGCCCCCAAUCGUGAUUCGAUGGCUUCUAUGGCAAGCUUGCCAUAUAGCCCAGCCUCUAUUCCGCAACGAUCUAUCAGUCGGGGCAGUUUCAGCACCGCUGCUGCUUCGCAUCCAAUGUCCCCUACAAGUCAAAGAGGCUCCAUUUUCCUUAAUGGGUUGCGUUGGGGUAGCCCAGACGCGCUGCUUUAUGACAAUCGAGAACAUCGGACAAAAACUGCGGUCACUGCUAUGUACAAGGGGACCCCACGCAAAGGAUCGGCUGUUCUUCUACGAUCCUACGACUCCCGCCGAGAACCUCCACCAGAAUUCGACUGCACUAUCUGGCAAGCAGGACGUGCGACAUCUGCGACGGGGCUUGCUUUCAAACCCAUUCAGAUUGGUCAACACCAUUUUAUUGAUGAGGGCCAUGGAACAUUCAACCCCGCGCCGCUGGUCCUUGAUGAGGCUGUUGUAAAUGAGUGGCCAGGUCGAGAAGUUGGGGUCUUUAUCAGUGUGGGAACUGGAAAGCGCCCAUCUGGUACCAAUAACCGACAGCAUGAAUGGUGGGAGGAUUUCUUCGGCGACUCAUUCGGCACAUUCGCUGAGGCGCGGCGUCGACUGAUGACGAAGAUUGAGGGCUGUGAGGAUAUCCACAACGAUAUGCUUCGAGACCGUCUUGCCAAACGCAAUGUCAGCAAAGACAAUUAUUUCCGCCUCAACGUUGAGGUCGGCGUUGGCGAGUUUGGUAUGAACGAAUGGAACCGGCUAGCCGAUAUCAGCACCAACACACGGCAGUAUCUGGCCAGGCCUGAAGUGAAGAAGAUGAUUCUAGAAGCGGGUGUGAGAUUUGCUAAAAUUGAUCGCAUGAACCGCCGUCUGGCGAGCCACGCUGCAGCUGGCGGGGAUCGCGAUGAUCUAUCCUUCGAUCUUGCGACUGAAGAACUUUCGCUUUCUCCUCCCGUUCAAUCACACCUUCCACCCCCUGCGCACUUCGCUGUCGAAUUACCUGCAGAACUACCUGCUGAGUUUUUACACCACGCUCCACCCUCACAAGCGCCGCCACCUAUUCCAACCGUGGUGACUACAUCACCACCGGAUGACACACUCCCGAUUCACCCAACACCUCAGGAUAGUAUAUCUACUUCUCCACCCCGGCAAUCUGGCAGUGACUAUCGUCGAAGCCAUGAGCUUGCAAGCCGCCCAAGCUCGCAACAACAGAGCUCGCCUACCCGUAGUGAUGAAUAUUUCACAACCUUCAAUGGCAUGCCACCAGCACCGCCAGUGCCACCCAAGACGCCCAUCCCAUACCCAGCUCAAGAAGACGAUGGUGGUGUGGCUAUGCCUGCACCACUAUUCUCCCAAGCACCAUCGUCUAGUUCGAACACCAAAGUCCGACCUCCUUACCCAGUUGAUGAGCCGCCACCAACGGUGAACCGGCAACGAAAGCCUAGCUAUCAUGUGCGGUGA